AUGGACCGUCUUGGGCUGGGUUACGAACGACUCAAAAAGCUUAAUCCGCGCCUUGUGUACGCGAGCCUUUCAGGAUACGGAACCUCGGGACCCUACGCCAACCGGGGCGGAUACGAUCCCAUUGCUGGUGCCGAGGCCGGCCUUUUGCAUGUUACGGGUGAACAGCAUGGGCCUCCAGUCCGGCCAGGCCUUGGUCUGGUUGACAUGGCUACCGGCUUGUACAUGCAUGGCGCAAUAUUGGCAGCACUGCAUGCUCGGGAACGGACCGGGACGGGUCAGCGCGUGGAUGGCUCACUGUUCGAAACACAGAUUAGCCUACUGACCAAUGUCGGCCUCUCGUGGCUGAACUUGGGCAUCGAGGCAAAGCGCUGGGGAUGUCAGCACCCCAGCAUUGUACCCUAUGAUGCAUUCAAAACCAAGGACCACCACCUGGUCUGUGGAGCAACGAACGAUGCUCAAUUCGCUAAGCUGUGCAAGUUGUUGGGGCUUGAGGUAUUGAUCAAGGACGAGCGCUUCGCGACCAAUCCCAAACGCGUCGAGAAUCGUAACUUGCUGAGACCUAUAUUCAAUGCGGCAUUUGAGAAAAAGUCAACAGCAGAGUGGAUCGCCAAGUUUGAAGGCACGAAUCUACCAUUCGCUCCCAUCAACAACAUGGAAAGGACCUUUUCCCACCCUCAGGCCGAAGCUCGAGACAUGAUUACCAAGAUGCCUCUCGCUUCGGCCAUUACCGGUCAGAUUCGCUUGAUCGGACCAGCCGUCAAGUUUAGUGGGACACGGGGAACAAUUAGGAGCGGCCCUCCCCGAUUAGGACAACACACGGACGAGGUUCUCUCUGAGCUGGGGAUAAAUGAGUGUGAAGUAUCUAAGUUGAAAGAUGAGGGGGUUGUAUAA